GACACGAGAAGCUACCACACCUUCACACUCCCUGAUAGUCGUACACCUAGUGACGCAACUUACGGGUCCCCUCCUUCCCUUAAAGCCCCUGCAACGAUAAUCUUGUGCUGCCAUGGCUUCCCUAGCUCCCGCAUUGAAGCGGCUUUUAUUGACUUUAAGAGCAAGCAAAUACCAACACCUCUCCACAUGAUCUCUAUUGAUCGCCCGGGAGUGGGG